UAAGAAUAACUAUACAAGUGAUCAACCAAAACAAGAUAGUUAACAUAGUAUUUAGCUUAAAGAAUAUUAACAUCGCUUCGUUCACAACGCAUUCUGAUUGGCUACGACAUUAUCGAAAUCCAUCACUACACCAUGAAAAAUGUUUGGCAGUUGUCACUCCCUAUUUAAAAUUAUCUAAAGUCAAAAUUUUUCGUCUUACUUUUCACUAAAAUUAUGAGUGGCCAAACACCAUCUAAAGAUGAAGCUGAUGUGAGUCCAAAGUCAUCGUGGGAAAUCAUCAGCGAAAGUGAAAACUCUAGAAGCAAUUCUAUAGAAAAUAUCAGCUUACAGGAGUGCGAGGAGAUAGCUGAAGAAAAACCAAUAGACGAACAAAAAAUUGAAUCUGCCUACAUAGAUAUACCAGAAGAACAGCCAGGUAAAAGUGAAGAUAAUGCUUGCAUUAAUAUUAACAUGCCAGAUAACACCGAUUUUAAUAAAAGAACGAAGAAAAAGACCUCAAAAUCAAAUAUCAAAAAACCAUACAAUAAAUUAACAAAUAAUAAAAGGGUAACAGACGCAUUUACAGCAUUAUCAAUAGCUGCUUCCAUAAUUGCCCUAUCAGGUAUAACUCUCCUCUGCUGUUUAUUACCUAAUCAAGAAGACCAAAAGCCUUUGGAAAAGAUCCAAGUAGAUUACCUAGAAUUAAUAAAAGGAAAUUCCAAAAAUCUGCACGAAACUAUCAAUAAUACUGCAGAGUUAAUUCAAAAAAUAAAUAAUGACAACUACAAAUCAAAUAAUCCAGAAAUUUUCCAAAGACAAUGUUUACCGGAUGACGAAGUGUGCAUAGCGAAUAGUUCCGAAUCCUUUUUAAAUUUCAACAGUCAAGAAUUUUUCAAAAAUGAACCCACCGAUAGAUUAAACAAUGAUGCUCUUAUUUACGACACAUAUACCUUUGACGAUAUUAAAACUACCACAUCAUCACUUGUAAGUAGUUUAAAAGACGUCUGUACAAAUCCUAGUCUUCAUAUCUUCCUAUGUACUUUAAUGCAGGAUGUUUGCUUAAUAAGAUUAGUUAAUCAACUGGAGAAAAAACAAAGUAUGUACGAAAAACUCAACCAACCUACACUAACAAAGGACCAGAAAAAAACAAAGCCAAGCGAAAAAAUUGUUAAAAAACAGCCCAGAAAGAAGAGCCAGCCCGAAAAGCCCAAAACUCAAAUAAAAGCUGUGUCUGCAGAAACUGUUAAACCUCUUUCAGUGAAAACAAAUUUUAAUGUAACCCCUAGUGCACCACAAUUGAAAAGUAACGUUACAUUAGAAACGCCUCUAAAGGCAGGCAAUGGAACAUCUAAAUUUAUGAAAUCUACUAACAAUAAAACAACCGUUGAAAGUUUACAAAAAUCAAUAAAUGAAAACGGUAAAAGUGAAUGCGAGAGAAGAUUUGAAGAACUCGAUAAUAAAUGGAAAAUUGCUGGAAAAAAUCAUCUCUUGAAAAUGCAAGAAAUUAAAGAGAAAUAUAGAACAGAACUUAACCAAAUACGCGACAAUGAAAAGGAGAUAAAAAGAAGACAAAAAAUAAAGCUUCUUAGAGAAAGUUACAUACAAAAAUUAAAGUCUGACAGAGAAAAAUACCUUAUGCAACUUCGAAAAAUCAAAGACGAAAGAGAAAAAACUCUAAACCAAAUUUGCCAGAUGAAGAAGAAAUCUGAAUAUAAUUCUAAAGACUUAUCUAUUGGAAAUUUCGUUCUGUCUCAAAAUAACAAUCGAGAAAAAUUAUUUAACCUACAACUAAAUAAAGAAAGCGAUAUGCAAGUUAAGAGAAAAAUAUCUCCAUUAAAUGUACCCUAUGAUGAAUACGCAAACUUUUGGAAAAAUCUAAUAAAUCAGCAAACCAAAAAAGAAGAUUCUAAACCAAAUCUCAAAAAAAAAGGUUUACGUAAACCUAAAACCAAUAGUAAUAUUCAAGAAACUGUUGCUCCAAGAGGAAUUGAUAAAAAAACAGAAAAUGCCCUGAUAGAAGAAAUUGUUAAGAAAGUCAUGUAUAACUUAGCAGAUUUAAGAAUAAAAAAUGAAUCUAAUAUUUUAUCAAAACCGAAGAGAAGCAAAACUUUAAGAAAACCCAAACCACGUACACAAGCAGAUCAAGUGGAAAAUGAAACGUUGGUAUCAAAAUAUGCACCGACAAAAUCUAACCCUGUUCCAACCGAAAUCUCAAACGUAACAGCAAAAAUCGAUUCUCGCGGCACAGAAUCAAAUCAAAUUUCAAAAUCCUAUAUUUCUUUAAAAUCGACAGAUAGUCAGUCAACUUAUUCUUUGGCUCCUCUGUUAUAUCCAAAUAAUUCCUCGUUUGAAAUCAUCGAUGCUGAAUCUUUAACAGGUCCAUCUUUAUCAAAAACCCCUUCUUCCAAUAUUUUCUACGAAGACUUUGUUGCUGAUAACAAUGGAAAUGUUCAUUUCGGUCCUCUUGCAGAAAAUUAUUCUUUUACAACGAUAGCGAAAAGAAAACCCAUCAAAAAAGAAACUCGAAAAAAUUAUAAGCCUGUCAUGAUUAACAAAGUCAUACCUUUUUCCAAUUCAGAAAAUAAAAGUUUGUUCAACCAAUCUGAAAUCAAUAAAGUUAUACCUCCUCUGGAGCCAUAUAAUAAAACUGUCUUUAACUAUUCUAAAAUAGACAGAAUUAUUAUUCCUCCUCUUGAUUCACAUAAUAAAACUUCCUUAGGCCAUUCCGAUAUCGACAGAGUUGUUAUACCUCCUCUUGAGUCGUCACACAAUAAAAAUUCCUUUAACAAGCCUAAAAGAAUGGACGAAGUUGUUAUACCUCCUCUUGAGUCACAUAAUAAAACUUCCUUAGAUGAUUUCGAAAUGGAGGGAAUUGCUAUGCCUCCUCUUGAGUCAUGGAAUAAAAAUUCCUUCAACAAGUCUAAAAGAAUGGACAAAGUAACACCUUUUACUUGGUCAGGAAAUGAAAGUUACUCUUUUAUACCAAUAACACCAAAUGAUUCCUUUAAAUUUCCUGAUAAACAAGAGGAAGGCGAAAAUUUGCCAUUACUAGAUGAUUCAGAAUUUCCCGCGCUAAAAUACAAACCAAAAGAAAACUUCUUCUCAAAUGUAACUAUUAAAAGACCGUUAUCUUUGAUAACUAAAAAGAAUAAGACUGCAACUAUAGACAAAAAUAGAAUACACAGCUCAACCUUAGAAAUUGUACCAACUACUUCUGGACAGGUUACUUCAUUUCACUCUACAUACACUGUGACUAGCAAUCAAGAAACAAAACUAAAGAAAAUUAAUGUUAAAGAACAAUAUGAGGACUCAUCGAAGUUGAUUCCAAGAGUUAAAGAAGUUGAGGGUGACAUUCAGAAAAAAGAGGAAAUUUUAGAAAAACAUCUUGAGAUUAAAAGUAAUAAGACUGCAAAUACAGAUAAAAAUAUAAUAGUAAGUUCGUCAAUAGAAAUGGUUCCGAAUAUUUCUGGAGAAGAUACUUCAAAUAACUCCACUAAUGUAAACGUUGAAGAAAUAAUUCAGAAGAUGUUACAGUCUAAGCCAAAAAAUAAAGACGACAUUAAUGCUAACAUUCAGAGAAAUAAUGAACUUCAACUUGUUGUUCGCAGUACACCUCCCAAACAAGACAUUUACAAUAUUGUUUUCGACGAGGCUGGUGAGAAGAUUAAAAAAGAGCAAACUUCACAAAAACACCUUCUUCCGAAAAAUUCUCCUAUUGUGCCACUUUUGAGUAAGCAACCACCAAAAUUGCCAAAAAAGGUAUAUCUAUUUAAAGGUAGAUUGUAA